CUGGUCAAUCAGUCACUGGAAUUAUAAAUGUUUUACAAACUAAGAUAGCUAGCUGGAUUAAUACUUACAAAGAAAUUGGUUUUACAUCUACCAUAUUUUAGGAAAAUACUUGGAAAUAUAAAAUUUAGAUUAUGUAAUGUAAACUAUUCUAACCAUUUAGUAAGCUAGUUAGCUAGUUUACAUAGCUAGGUAUAAGUGGUUGUUUGUAUAGAAUGUCUGGUUUAACUUGCAGGGUAGUCUAGGUAAUUUAGCUAGCUAGCGAUGUAAAUUUGCCUGUCACCUAACUCUUAUAUAAUGUGACAAAGUUUGACGAGUUAAGAUAGACAGGGUUAAAUGCUUUGGUUCGAAAAAAGAGAAAGAACUCAAGUGUAAUUAUCUCGAUACCGUCUUCACAUUGGUGGAAAGCGAAGAUGAGUUUUUCACAAGACGCCUUUCCAGUUAGGCGACCAGCUACAGCCCGUACUUCUGUUACAGAAUUCGACGGAUUUUACCAAAUAAACCCAAGUCCUAAAACUCCCGAGGGCUCGCACCUACUGAUUGAUCUUUACCUUUCUCCAGAAAAGUUGAGAAAUCUAUCGGGAUCAGAUGAUUUAGAUCAAGUCACAACCCUAGAGAUGUGUGUUGACACCCGGCAGAAUACGUUGGGCAACUUUGGUGUGCACUUGCCCAGUCUUGUGCAGCUGAAAAUGAACAACAGUUUGAUCUUAUCUGUGCGGGAUCUCGGAACCACGCUCUCCCACCUCCGUAUCCUCUCGCUGGUUCGCUGUGGCCUGGCUGACUUGGACGGAAUCCUUUCGCUCUCCUCACUUAAGGAGCUGUACCUGGCCUACAACAAUGUGUCGGACCUGAGCCAAGUCAGCAUGCUCGAGCAGCUGGAGCUACUGGAUGUGGAGGGGAACGACGUGGACGACCUGGUGCAGGUGCAGUACCUGGGCCUCUGCGGGCAGCUCAGAGCCUUGUCCCUGGAGGGAAACCCUGUAUGCACAAGCCCCCACCCAGGAGCAGUAGAGGUGCCUGACUACAGGUACAACUACAGGUCUGUAGUGAGAAAGCUGGUUCCACAGCUGCGUUACCUGGAUGACGUUCCGACAGAAGAAGAGGAGCCUUGCUGCUCCAGCGCUAUGACGCAAGACUGGGCCCUGCUCAAAUAUUCCAUCAAAGACAAUCCUUCCAUUAUAGAGAGCACCAGCAACUGCUUGGAAGUUCGAGAGGACAGAGCUGCCAGUGCGCGUGGCAUGAGUCGCCCCGGCUCCGCCCAACACCCAGAUGCCAGUGGCUGCCCCAGUGACCUCCCCAGUGGGCCGGGCACGGUCAGGCCUCUGUCCUCCUCCACUGGCUCCCGACCAAGCUCAGUGGACUCCGAUCCAGAUACCCCAGACCCAGAGGCCAGCGAUCUGACACAUGGGGUAGGAAGAAUUCUCUUCUGUGGAAAUCCUCUUCAAGCUAUUCGGGCACGACGUCAGAAGAUAAGGCUUCAAGGUCCCAGCUCCCACGCCAGGCCCUGUACACAGCUCGGAGGUUACGCUCCAGAACACACGUGUGACGUGGAAAGGGACUGCAGUGACAUCUUUGCUGAACUACGAGCCUGGAGGGCAGAGCACAGCAAGCGUUUUUUGGCCAUUGAGAAAGACGACCAGGCCCAGAGUUUCGUCCAUAGCAAUGAAGAUGAUGAUGGUAACGACAGUGAUGAAGAGUAUGACGAAGAAAGUCACAAUCGCGGCCUCAUCAGUGACAGAGAAGCAGAAAACGAACAGGAAGGAGAGAGUUUUGACCACAGAGACACUGACUCUCCUGACUCCUGUUUUCAGUCUUCUCCACCAGAGGUGACCAGGCUCUCUUCUUUAUCAGACCACACCCCAUCUCCGCCACCCAGAGACACAGCUCCCUCUAGUGGCAGAAUGGCAGUGGCGCUCCGAGCCCGCAGACUUAGACUCAGUGCAAGUGUUGGAAUGCAAAAACCUAUCAGGGAAAUCCUGUUACCAGAUCCAACAUUACCAAGACGCGAUAGAGCACUUAAGGCUGUGAGCCCUAUGAAAUCUCAACCUGUUCCUCCUCACAUCCUCUGUAAGCCUCACAGGCCGAGCUCCUGCCCUGUGGCGUCCCCGCUUAUGGAGCACAGUGCAGGAACUACUGAUGGAAAUAAUCUGUCCGACGGUGAGCGCAAGCCAAUCAUAUGCUCCACGGUGCAAGAGAGGCGGACGCCCACACGCCCACAUACAGCAAAAGCCAUUCUUCAGAGAACGUCUGGCCACCGAGCCCUCCUAUCUGGCAAAGGAAGUCCUAACUUGGACUGAAGCCACUAGCCCUGAGACCUUUUGGACUGCUAUGUCUCCCAAGGAAGUACUGUCUCCUAGUGGCAUUGCCUGUCUUUCCUUGAUCUCAGGCACCUUCAGAAAGAGUGUGUGCUGAAUCAAUAAAAGCUCUUUAUUUGACAGUAAUAAUAGUAGUAAUAGUGUUUUCUCUCAUUCCAGCACCAUGCUGAGCAGGCUAGGCCUGACAUGUUUGAGGACGAGUGGGUGAAUGAAAGAUGCUGAUAAACU